CCAGGGGUCGGCAAAUGGCGCUGGUACAGCGGGUCCUUCCGUUGUACCCGUUGCAGAAAUUCAAUUCUAUUCUUCAUCGCUGGUACGGCAGCCGUACGGCAGGGUGCAGAAAUUCCCCGCAAAAGGCAGGUUUGCGCAGUUUUGAAGCUAUGAACUUCAUCAUUAGGUUACCAAACCUUCCAUUUUACAAGGAGGUAAACGCUAGCUUUGAGAGAUUCUCAUAAUGAACAGUCAAUUGACGACCUUGACCAAGGGCAUCAGCCCCGAAACGCUUUCAGAAUGCUCUGGUGCUGGCUCAUUUUACUCAUCUUAACUUUAGCUCCGUUCACUUGCAUCCUUAGUGGCAGAGGGAGGUCCAAGUCCACGCUUUCACGUUCUGGCAGAGCUGCAACACUGCGCGACGUCCGGGCUGGAAAACAGUGCACUCUUGCAGAUUUGUUACCUAGGCAACAACCGGACGUCAAUGACCUAGGAUCUCCUGCGGCAGGGCUGGAGGAUGAUUUCCAAACUGCCGAAGCGCUUUCACCGCUCCAUGAUUCACCUUCUCCACCUCCGCCUGUGCCCAUACCACCACCACCUCCCAUACCCGUUGCCAACGAGGACAACACCAGACAGCAGGCUCUUGGAUCCGCCAAAAAACGUCGAAAGGUCGUGGUCCCGUCAGCUCCCACAGGCCCUGCAGAACCCGCCACCGAUGCUGACCCUGGGCCCUCAACCGCCAUCACCACCGCUGCUACCAAGACACCGUCCCGGCUUCGAGUGUCAAGGCGGGAGCUUCAGCCUUUUCUUGAAGGCUGCGAGCAUCCGGAAAUUCCUGGCGAGGACAAGGGUUUCCUAGCACAGGCCGGCGGUGAGGAGUUUUCCAGCUGGGCUUACUCCAAGAAUCAGAGAGGAACGCAACGAGAUGGCAAGGUGUACUUCACAGCAACCUGCUGGCACUGUUCAUGGCAUCAGAAGAAGGAAUUUAACUUAGUCCGUUGUGAGUGGGAUCGCUCUGCCUUCACACACCACGAGAGGGGGGAAAAGCACAGCAAAGCCGUGACAGCUUAUAAGGACAGGAGGGCCCAGGAGACUCAGCAGCAGCUGAUGGCAUCCAUAACUCAGAUUGGGGACGAGGCGUUGAUGGCUUUGUUUGGGGCCGCCUAUACUGUCGUUGCCACUGGGAUGCCGUUCACUCAUUAUGACAAGCUAUGUGAGCUCCUACUGUUUGCCAACGCCCCUAACAUCACCACCAAGUACGAUGAUCCUCGUGCGUUGGGGAGGUUCACGGCUUGUCUCCACGACUACUAUGAAGGCGAGCAGACCAAGCGUCUCAAGAACGCAACGUUCAUUGGCAUCCAGAUGGACGAGUCAACGUGUAUUGCUGGUGAGUCCCACGCCGCCAUCUGUGUCAUCUACGAUGAGCCUUCUACUGGCACCAUCUUCAAGGAGUACUUUGGGCUUGUGAAGCUAUCAGGCUGGACAGGCCGCGACCUGUACGACGCCUGCUCUGGGGAGUUCAGGCGGCGGGGUGUGGACCUGGAGAAGAAGCUCGUGUCGUUUUCUGGAGAUGGCUGCUCUGCCGUCGCCUCGGAGAAGAAGGGUGUUUUUGGAUUCUUUCGCAAGGAAGUCAACAGCGCUUGUUAUGGCAUUCACUGCGCCAGUCACCGCCUUGCUUUGUGUGUUAAGGAUGCCGGCACCAAGCGCACCAGCCCAAAGAUGCUACGUGACACGGUUGCAGCCAUCGACGCUGUUAUCCGUGCAGCACACAAGGUCUUCUCAAAAUCACCCAAGCGCUGGCUUAACUACCUGGCUGUCCGCGAGGUCAUCGUUCCCCAGCCGGCGGGUCAGCCCCCCGCCGUCCCCGCCGGCAUUUUGUCAUCACCUGAGCUUGCAGAGUACUAUGAGGCCCUACAGCAUGCGUCUCCAGCUGUCCGCGUGAUCCUACUUCAGCAGCUUGGUAGCCAGGAAAGCGUCUACGCCGUCCUAAAGAGUCUUUCGACCAUCUUCCAGAUCGCGUGUGUUGGACUGGGCGUUCCAGACAACGUCAGUUUGCAGAUAGUUAACCGUCAGCUCUUGCAGGAGUCGUUAAAAGCCCAAGUCAGCAUCAUCGACCUUAACAUCCGCCGCACGUUAUCUCAGCUAGCUCAGGCACAGCAGGCAACUCUACCGCAGCCUCCUCCACCUCCUCCGCCACCGCCCCCUCCCGCCGCUCCUCCCCCUAUGGACGGUUCUGCGUACGCAACAGCGGACGACAGUGACAGUGACUACGACCCGUCUGACACCGAGUCUGUCGUGUCAAGUGAGUGUGACGAUGAUGGCGUUGAUGUGGAUCCAUCGGGUGGCGGCAAACCUGCUGACGAGGCUGCUAAGUUUGCUUCCCUUCACGAGAAGCUGACUGACUUCACUACGCUUGCCUUCACUCACUUUUUGGCCGAUGUCCUGGGAACUACGGAUGCCAUGUUCAAGCUCAUGCAGGCUUCUGAGUUCAAGUUUAGUGAUGUACCGGGGUGUGUUGAGUGCACCAAGACUGCAUUGCAUGCGUGCUACAUAGCUGUUGAGCCAGGAGAGUACCUCACCCCUGCACUGUCAGCAUUCGUUGCCGAGAUGAAGGCAACGGGGUUCGGGUCGUAUAAGGGUCACACAAUCCACGACGUGCCCGCUCAUCCUGAGGCCGAGGUGCACAAGCUGGUCUCUAAGUAUGCCGCGAAUCUCAUUCGCCACGUCAAUGAGCGGUUUCCUGAUACCAGGUUCAUCAGUGCUUUGGCCCUAUUUAAUCCCAUGGAGUAUCCAGAUGUUGACCAGCCCAGCCUGGUCAAAUGGGGCAUUGAGAAGCUAGAUGUUAUCCAGGAGUAUUUCACAUCUCGCAGUGAGGCUAAGGUGCAUGAAGGCUAA